AUGGAUAAAAAAUACCAUGAGUUGCCAUUAUUUGAUUUUGUAGCUGUUGCAUCUGCUACGGGUAACUUCUCUGAAUCAAACAAACUAGGAGAAGGUGGUUUUGGUCGAGUUUACAAGGGUGUGCUAUUUAAGGGACAAGAUAUGGCAGCCAAGAGACUUUCACGUAAUUCUAGGCAAGGUCUUGAAGUGUUUGAGAAUGAAGUUAUAAUAUUAGCUAAGCUUCAACAUACGAACCUUAUCAGACUUCUAGGGUGUUGCAUUGAAGAAAAUGAAAGGGUGCUAAUCUAUGAGUACAUGCCAAACAAAAGCUUGGACUACUUUAUUUUUGAUCAGGAUAAAAGAACAUUCCUGAAUUGGCCAAAGCGAUUUGACAUUGUAAUGGGAAUUGUUCAAGGACUUCUCUACCUCCAUCAUGAUUCAAGUUUGCGAAUCAUUCAUAGGGAUCUAAAGUCCAGCAAUAUCUUACUAGACAAUGAUUUGAACCCCAAAAUUUCAGACUUUGGCAUAGCUAAAAUUGUUGAAGGUGACCAACUUGAAGCAGAAACAAAGCAAGUGGCAGGGACAUGUGGUUAUAUGUCCCCGGAGUAUGCAAUCAAUGGAAAAUUUUCAGUAAAAUCAGAUGUGUUUGGUUUUGGGGUUCUUUUGCUAGAGAUAGCAUGGCUGCUGUGGAAUGACAACAGGGAUUUAGAGCUGCUGGAUCCAUGUUUGAGGCAUUCAUGUGUUGAAUCUCAGGUGCUUAGGUGUAUACAAGUGGGUUUGCUUUGUGCUCAAAAACUUGCAGAGAAUAGGCCAAUUAUGUCAGAUGUAGCAGUCAUGUUGGGCAACGAAGAGGUCACAUUGCCUGAACCGAAAGAGCCUGGUUUUUUCACAGAAAGGCGUGCCCGUGAUACAGAUACAUCGACUGAUGAUAGAAUCUGUUGCACUAAAAAUUCAGUGACUAUAACAAUGUUGGAAGCUAGAUAA